CCAUGGCCAACAACUCCACCGGCGACCUCCACGCUCCCGGGCCACAGCUGAGUGCGGCUGACAUCGGUGUCAUCACUGCGUAUUUUGCCCUGAACGUGGCCGUGGGCAUAUGGUCCUCUUGUCGGGCGAGCAGGAACACAGUGAGUGGCUACUUCCUGGCAGGCCGGGACAUGACGUGGUGGCCGAUCGGAGCCUCCCUUUUUGCCAGCAGCGAGGGCUCUGGCCUCUUCAUCGGAUUGGCGGGCUCCGGCGCGGCUGGAGGCCUGGCUGUAGCGGGCUUCGAGUGGAAUGCCACGUACGUGUUGCUGGCACUGGCGUGGGUCUUCGUGCCCAUCUACAUCUCCUCGGAGAUCGUCACUUUACCCGAGUACAUUCAGAAGCGCUACGGAGGCCAGCGGAUUCGCGUGUACCUGUCUGUCCUGUCCCUGCUGAUGUCUGUCUUCACCAAGAUAUCGCUGGACCUGUAUGCCGGGGCUCUCUUUGUGCACAUCUGCCUGGGCUGGAACUUCUACCUCUCCACCAUCCUCACGCUCGUCAUCACAGCCCUGUACACCAUCGCAGGGGGCCUGGCCGCUGUGAUCUACACGGACGCCCUGCAGACUCUCAUCAUGGUGGUGGGGGCCGUCAUCCUGGCGGUCAGAGCUUUCGACCAGAUCGGUGGCUACGGACAGCUGGAGGCAGCCUACGCCCGGGCCGUCCCCUCCAGGACCAUCGCCAACACCACCUGCCACCUGCCAAGGACAGACGCCAUGCACAUGUUCCGAGACCCCCACACAGGCGACCUGCCGUGGACUGGGAUGACCUUCGGCCUGACCAUCAUGGCCACCUGGUACUGGUGCACUGACCAGGUCAUCGUGCAACGGUCACUGUCCGCCCGGGACCUGAACCACGCCAGGGCGGGCUCCAUCCUCGCCAGCUACCUCAAGAUGCUCCCCAUGGGCCUGAUCAUCAUGCCAGGCAUGAUCAGCCGGGUGCUGUUCCCAGAUGACGUGGGCUGCGUGGUGCCAUCCGAGUGCCUGCGGGCCUGCGGGGCUGAGGUCGGCUGCUCCAACAUUGCCUACCCCAAGCUGGUCAUGGAGCUGAUGCCCAUAGGUCUUCGAGGGCUGAUGAUCGCAGUGAUGAUGGCCGCGCUCAUGUCGUCGCUGACCUCCAUCUUUAACAGCAGCAGCACGCUCUUCACCAUGGACAUCUGGAGGCGGCUGCGGCCCCAUGCUGGGGAGCGGGAGCUGCUGCUUGUGGGACGGCUGGUCAUCGUGGUGCUCAUCGGCGCGAGCGUGGCCUGGAUCCCCGUGCUGCAGGGCUCCAACAGCGGGCAGCUCUUCACCUACAUGCAGUCGGUGACCAGCUCCCUGGCGCCCCCGAUUACUGCGGUCUUCCUCCUGGGCGUCUUCUGGCCACGCGCCAAUGAGCAGGGGGCCUUCUGGGGCCUGAUUGUGGGGCUGGUGGUGGGGGCCACGAGGUUGGUCCUGGAAUUCCUGCACCCGGCCCCACCCUGCGGCGAGCCAGACACGCAGCCGGCCAUCCUGGAGAGCAUCCACUACCUGCACUUCGCCGCUGUCCUCUUUGUGCUCAGCGGCGCGAUUGUGGUGGCCGGGAGCCUGCUGACCCCAGCCCCGCAGGGUGUUCAGAUCGAGAACCUUACCUGGUGGACCCUGGCUCAGGACCUGCCCUUGGGAGCCAAAGCAGGUGAUGGCCAAACGCCCCAGAAAUACACAUUCUGGGCCCGUGUCUGUGGCUGCAACGCCAUCCUGCUCAUGUGCGUCAACAUCUUCUUCUACGCCUACUUUGCCUGACACUGCCACCGCGGGCAGGAAGCAGGAGGCUGAGUCCUCCAGUCUACCCCUUUUUCCUAACGGGGACACCAAGGCCCAGAGAGGGGCAGACUCUCCUCACAGCUACGUGUGGUCAGUGCCCAGGGACUGGCCUAGCCAGCAAAGCAGGAGCCCAGAAAAACCAGGGGGAAAUGGGGGAAAAAUUGUGAUAUUUCAAAAAUAGCACCAAAGUUGUCAUAAUUGGAAAGAAAAUGAGAUUUCUGAUGGACAUCCU